GUGGUGUCGGCUCACGAUUUCGACAAGAGUCUGAACUGGUCGCAAGUAGAAUUCAGUUCAGUCACUAUUCCGUGGUUCAGUCGAAAGGAGAAUAGUGUAGUGAAUGUGGGGUCUGUCAGGGCUGUCUCGAAGCUCGUGCGUGAGUUCUACACAGAUAAAAAAAUAACAGGGCAUUCGCUUUGAAAUAUUUUUAAGACGUUACACAGGACACGUAAAGGUUGCCGUUUACUGCGAUUAACGUUUGAAAAUGUUAUUUCGGAAAUUAUCGUCGUAAUCACGGCAAUAUAACCUGAGUUUUGUCGAAGGAUAGUGAUUGAAUUGUCUCAUGUUACGACAUAAUGUGUGAAUAAUUAUUGGUAUAUUCGUUCGCUGAAAAUUGAAACGUCUCAAAAAUAUAAAAGAUGUUUCCAUGCGUGCCUCACGAGUCAACAACCCCUAAUGAUCUCAACGGAAAGCACUCAAAAUGCAUCAAUAAACUAUUUUUCCAAUAAUAGGUAACGUAGAAUUCUGCUUGACGGUAUAAAUUCAUUGGCAAACUUUGAUGGAAAAUUAGACCUAUGAAGUGUUUAAAAGCCAACAGUUCACUUUAACAUGCACGCAUUUGCGUUAGAACACAUAAUGGAUGACAGCAACAACCAAACCCCCUGUAAUGGCAUUUCUCUUCUAGAAGAAGACCUUGCGCUGAGUUCGUCAACAUUAGGAAUGUCAAAUAAAAGCUCUAGCGAUACGUUAAUUAUUAAUAAUCAUGAGCCAGAAAGAAACAUAGUCUAUAUGAGUGAAGAUGCUAUGGAUUGUGUUUAUACUGAAUCCAAUGAUACCCUGCAUAGUUCAGAAAUAAUUGAAGAAGCUCAUAGCCCUGAUAUGUUUGGAAGUGACACUGAGGAUGCUCUAAAAAGUAAUUCAGAUGAUCGUGAGCUAAAUAUAGAACACAAAGAUGCUGUGGUACCUCAAUCGGAGAUGGUUGCAAAAUCAGACAAUCAAUUGCUAAGCAGAAUACAUGAAGCGCUGAGCGGUGUUCCACCUCCCCCUUCAGUUACAAUAUCCCAAAUGGAUUGCAAUGAUUUUCUGAGGUGUAUUUAUCAAAAUGGGCAUUUGUUUUGGCCAAGUGAUUUGUGUAAAGAAAUAUCUUCGAGCCAGCCUCCAACACAAGACAGUUCUAAUGUCAUCCAGGAGUCAGUUACUCGUGGUCCAACAAUUUCGGGGGAAAGUGAGAGCAGUAAUUUGAUAUAUCAACAAAGUAAAAGUGGUUCCAGAAACUUAAUGAACGCGUUUGAUGCCUGUGAUAUAUCUAGCAUAGAAGUGAAUAAACAGCAGUGCUGUGACAAUAGUGAUGGUGAUGCUUGUGACAAAAGUUUACCAGCAAAGAAAUUCAGUGAUUGUAAUUCUGUGGAAGGUGAUAGCAGUACUUUGAGCAACUUUGUUUAUUUCAAUUCCACUUCAAGUCUUCUGAAUGAUAGUAGGGAAAGUAGAACAACCGUAUCAGCAUCUGAUACACUGGUAGAAGAUAAAUCUUCAAUGGUAAAUUAUAGAACAAUUAGCCAGGCUGAUGCUGCAAAGAUGGAAUGGCCUGAAAUAUUCGCACACAAAUCUCAUGGCAUACAUUACAACCGGUGUUCAGCUAUAGAGGAUUUCGAAUACUUGUCAAUCAAGUUAUGCGAACGAUACGUGGGAGCUGAAACGCAAUCCACGUGUAAUAUUUGGUUUGCGAAACAGACUCCAGGAAGUGCUACUAAACGCAAGAUGUUAGGAAAAAGAAAUGUGGGGCAAAGUCCCGGAAGACGAUUGAGCCAUCUUGCACGACGAAGAAGAGCUUUUUCUAGUGCCAAUUUACAAGGCUUAGGGAUCUCUGAAAAACGACAACUGAUUCUAGAUGUCAAAAAGCCUAUGAUUAGAAAAGGCAAAAGCCCUCGGGGCAAGAGCACACGAGGGAAAAGUCCACGAGGUAAAAGCCCACGUAGUUCAGCAAAAAAACGAGCGGCAAGGAGACUUUUAUUGGAAGGUCCAAGUCCUCGAAAGUCUAAAUUGGAAACGUCAAAGCGAGCAUUAUUUCAAAGCCCACCUACGGAUCGGGCUGGACCUAGUAGAAUAAAUGCAGUACCAGUGAAUCAAUCUUUGAACCCACAGAAAAUAAAGCGCGCUUUGUUUCCUACGCCGAGUAAAAAAGAUGAACCCGAUAAAAGAGUUAGCUUCGAAGAUACAAAAAAGCGCAAAAGCGAAGAUGUCUUGGAAGGUCCAAAGUCUAAGUGGGCGAAAAGUUUAUCAUUUGAUUGUCCUCGUGAUUUAGAGAAAAAAUCAAUACCAGAACCUUAUAAAAUUGAAAGACAUUCUACUGGUAGUGUCCUUUCUAAGAGUGAAGCAGCCACGAAAUACGGGAAAGGAGAACUUACAGAAACACAUAAAAAGAAAUUGCUCUGGGCUGUGGCUGAGGCUCUAAGAGGCAAAGGAAUUGGUAUGAAAGACCCACAAUUCAAACAAUAUGCUUCUCUAUUGGCUCGCACGGUAAAAAAAUUCAUGCCUGAUCUAGAGAAUAGAAAUAUUCCCCGAAAACCUGGAAGUACCAGUGAUCGCAUGUUAAAAUUUGCCAAGCAGUACGUGCUUACAAUUGUUGAUAGCAAGCCGACGAAUUGUUAGUAGACAUGAUAUAGUAUCGAGUGUUUAUUUUAACAACAAAAUUUACCGUCGAUUACUUCAGUACCUCAACUCGUUAGAUGAUGGAAAAUUUGCACAAUUUUCAGCUGAACAAAAAUUAUCUGGUAUACCAGGAUAUGACUGAACUCAGCUAUUCAUUGUAAGGAACAAAAAUUACAUUCAGGUCUUUGUUUGGAUACAACUUUUAUAUCACCAAUUAGUAUCUUAUCUAUUCAUUUAUUGAAAUGAACAUUCGAUUUAUCAAUAUGUCCGUUAUUUUUAUAAAUUAUUGAAAUAAUUAUUUAGUUUUUAAUAGAUUAACGAAUUAAAAUUAUUUAAGUAUUUGUUGAAGUUCUGAGUAUACUCUCAUAAUGCACUAUGCAUCGACUGAAUUAUUUUGUCUAAUAUUUUAAUGUAAUCAUAAUUAGGUAACCUGCUUUAUAGAAGAUGCUAUUAUAUGCUGUGUUUGAUCGAUAAUGGACACUAGCUUGAGUUAGGGUUUGUCAAUCAUUAAUUAAUUUUGGCUCCUCAUGAAAAAAUGCUGGUAAUUAGUUGCCGGACGUUUCAGCUUCGAGGAAGUCCGACUGGGAGGUGGCCAUAUAUACACGUAUACUAACGAUAUUGAUAAUUCAUAGCGUAGUGAGAAGAUGAUCGAAAUCAAGAGAAACUUAAUUUAUUAUCAGCGAGAAUGCUCUCAAGAUUGGGUGCAGUGAUUUGACAAUGAAUGACACAAGACGUAAGUUUUUGAAUUAACUGUAAGCCUACUUUAUUAGCAUCGAAAUAUAUUUUACAAUCUAUAAAUAAAAUUCAAUAAAAACUACUAUUCAUAAAAACA